GGCGCAGCGCGGGGUCGCCAUGGCGGACCUGCAGCAGCUUCGGGUGCAGGAGGCGGUGGACUCCAUGGUGAAGAGUCUAGAGAGAGAGAAUAUCCGGAAGAUGCAGGGCCUCAUGUUCCGGUGCAGCGCUGGCUGUUGUGAGGACAGCCAGGCGUCCAUGCAGCAGGUGCACCAGUGCAUUGAGCGCUGCCACGCGCCUCUGGCUCAAGCUCAGGCCCUGGUUACCAACGAGUUGGAGAAGUUCCAGGACCGCCUGGCCCGGUGCACCAUGCAUUGCAACGACAAAGCCAAAGAUUCAAUCGAUGCAGGGAAUAAAGAGCUUCAGGUGAAGCGGCAGCUGGAGAGUUGUGUGACCAAGUGUGUGGAUGACCAUAUGAACCUCAUUCCAACCAUGACCAAGAAGAUGAAGGAGUCUCUCUCAUCCAUUCAGAAAUAGAAGUAUUUACCACUGGCUAUAGAGGCUGAGGGCAGGAAGCUAUU